CACAUACUGCUAUGAUUUCCCACUGGCGUUUGAAACGGCCUUGGAAAAAUUGUGGGCAUUCCAAUUCCUGGGUAGUAGCAAAGUCAAGGGUAAAGUUGUCAAAGUCAUGGAGCUCACAUUUUCUGAUAGAAAAGAUACUUGGGACACUCCUCUUGUUGCUGUGGAGCGCCCACCUGGGAUGAAUGAUGUUGGCAUGGUGGCGUGGACUAUGGAAAUGUCUACGCCGGAGUUCCCAUCUGGGAGGACAAUUUUGAUUGUAGCAAAUGAUGUGACUUUCAAAGCUGGAUCUUUUGGUCCGAGGGAGGAUGCAUUUUUCCUUGCGGUGACAGAUCUUGCUUGUGCUAAGAAACUGCCUCUAAUUUACUUGGCAGCAAACUCAGGCGCUCGUAUUGGGGUAGCUGAGGAAGUGAAAUCUUGCUUUAAAGUCGGUUGGUCUGAUGAAUCAAGCCCAGAGAGCGGUUUUCAGUAUGUCUAUUUGACUCCUGAAGAUCAUUCACGAAUUAAGUCAUCGGUGAUAGCACAUGAGUUAAAGCUAUCAAGUGGAGAAACCCGAUGGGUAAUAGAUAGCAUUGUAGGAAAAGAAGAUGGCUUGGGGGUCGAGAACUUGUCUGGGAGUGGAGCCAUUGCCGGUGCAUAUUCAAGGGCAUACAGGGAAACCUUCACUUUAACGUAUGUGACGGGAAGAACCGUUGGCAUAGGUGCUUAUCUUGCUCGUCUUGGUAUGCGUUGCAUACAGAGACUCGAUCAGCCUAUUAUUCUUACUGGUUUCUCUGCACUAAACAAAUUACUGGGACGAGAGGUAUACAGCUCCCACAUGCAACUCGGUGGACCUAAAAUCAUGGCAACCAAUGGGGUCGUUCACUUGACUGUCUCCGAUGAUCUUGAAGGGGUGUCUGCUAUUUUGAAGUGGCUAAGCUUUGUCCCACCCUACUCGGGUGGCCCACUUCCCAUUUUGGCUGCUUCGGAUCCUCCAGAGAGACCCAUUGAAUACUUCCCUGAGAAUGCAUGUGAUCCCCGUGGAGCUAUUUGCGGUGUUCUAAAUGGUAGCGGGAAGUGGCUGGGUGGUAUGUUUGACAAGGAUAGCUUUGUUGAGACCUUGGAAGGUUGGGCAAGGACAGUUGUGACGGGAAGAGCAAAACUUGGAGGAAUCCCGGUAGGAAUAGUUGCUGUUGAGACUCAGACUGUGAUGCAAAUUAUCCCUGCAGACCCGGGGCAGCUUGAUUCCCAUGAAAGGGUUGUACCUCAAGCUGGGCAAGUAUGGUUUCCCGAUUCUGCAUCAAAGACAGCUCAAGCAUUGAUGGAUUUUAACUACGAAGAGCUCCCACUUUUCAUUCUUGCUAAUUGGCGAGGCUUUUCAGGUGGGCAGAGGGACCUUUUCGAAGGGAUCCUCCAGGCUGGAUCAACCAUUGUCGAGAACCUUAGAACGUACAAACAACCUGUUUUUGUAUAUAUCCCUAUGAUGGGUGAGCUACGUGGCGGGGCGUGGGUGGUCGUGGAUAGUAGGAUCAAUUCAGACCAUAUCGAAAUGUACGCAGAACGGACGGCUAAGGGAAAUGUCCUCGAACCAGAAGGGAUGAUCGAGAUUAAAUUCAGAACGAAGGAGCUUCUGGAGUGCAUGGGUAGGCUUGAUCAACAGCUGAUCAAUCUGAAGAAAAAACUUCAGGAAGCCCGGAGUACUGGGGCUCAUGCAACUUCUGAAUCUCUGCAGCAGCAGAUUAAAGCUCGGGAGAAGCAGCUUUUACCGGUAUACACUCAGAUAGCUACGAAAUUCGCUGAACUACACGAUACUUCACUGAGGAUGGCGGCGAAAGGGGUAAUCAGAGAAGUUGUUGACUGGAAUAAUUGCCGAUCUUUCUUCUACAAAAGAUUGCGCCGGAGAGUUGUUGAGGGGUCAUUGAUCAAGACCGUGAAAGAAGCUUCCGGUGACCAGCUGUCUCACAAAUCUGCAACGAACAUGAUCAAGAAGUGGUUUUUGGAUUCCAAGAUUGCAGGAGGCAGAGAAGAUGCGUGGGCCGAUGAUGAACGUUUCUUUGCCUGGAAGGAUGAUCUGAGGAACUACGAGGAUAAACUACAAGAGUUGCGAGUACAGAAAGUAUUGCUUCAAUUAUCAAAUAUUGGUGAUUCACCAUUAGAUCUACGAGCUCUACCUCAGGGACUUGCUGCCCUUCUACACAAGGUGGAACCAUCAAGUCGAGCACAAUUGGUUGAUGAACUUCGAAAAGUGCUUGGUUGAUUAGAUUGCUUGUAGUUCACCAGCAGGUAUGUGUUAGCUUGUUUUGAUGGUUGCGCCAUAGUUCUAUUCUAGUGAUUUCAAAUUUCGCCAGUGGGUGAAUGAAAUAGGGGGAGCUUUGUGAUGAGUUUCUUUGUCGUUGUGUAAGUGUAUAUAUAGAUUGUCUGAGUUGAUUUAGGAUUGUAAUCUUCAAUUGUUUUAGGAGGAAAUGGACCAGCUUGUCAGGCUCUUCAUGGAUUCUUGAACGGUCGAUUAAUUAUUUGCUUAUAUCUCAUUUUUCAUGUAAUAGUCUAGGAAGAAAAUAAAUGUCUAUCAAUGAAUACAAUACUAGGCAUCUUAGUAUGAAUUCACUAUUUUUGCUUCCCAAUGAUUAAAUACAGAAUUGUAGAA